UUGUGGAUGGUAGUGGACCCCAUACCCAUCCUGUGGGAACAGUAGGAAAGGUUACAGAAGCCCAUGGUGAGCUCAGGAUGAGCAUAAAUAAGUUCCAGCCUUGACAAGCCGGUUUCUAACAGCAAAAAAAAAUAAAAAAUAUAAAAACAUUGCCGUAUGAGGUUUUAAUGGCGGUGUAUUUUCCUCGCGGUCAUGACAGGCCUGCCAACCCUUCCUGCCUAAAUACCUCAAUGUAUUUACCUCCCAAUCUCUCCAAACGUGAUUAAUUACAAUCUUCUAAUCAUAGUAGAUUAUAAUAAUAUUUAAACUAGCACAAGGAAGUUCUGUAAUGGUAUAUUGAUCAGUUAAAAUAACUCGAAGUAAUAUUUUUUCGGUUAUGGUGGUAAUGCUUCCAGGAUGUUGUCAGGCAGGCGUGCCAACUGGAGAGAUCUAUCAGUGAAUCAGCUGACUCAGUGAGCGUCAGACCUCAUGUGUGUCGAGGGCUGGAAUUACGCGCGCACGAUCAGCUGUUUGAACUUAAUAGGGGUAAUUGUGCUAAAAUUGGUAAGUCGCCGGCUGGUAACUGCCUUUCCUGGCAUUUGUAACGGUGUAGUGAGUAGUGAUAUAAGAAGCACAUCUUAGAUACUUACCCAGGGAACACUGACAGCUCUAGAUGUUCCGUUAUACGUGUCUAAGGAACAUUGACAGUUUUAAAUGCCUGACACAGUGAUACAUGUCCACACAGAAGUAAUAUCAAGCUGUCAGGCCUCUGUUUCACGUCUACGGAACAAGCUCGUUAAAGAUGAGAGUCAACUAUCGUUCCUGUUCCAUCAGCCUGUCCCUGUGUGUGUGGGUGCUGGUCCACUACAGUCACUCUAUGAUCUUCAUCCCAACACUUCCGACUCCGGAAGGGUCACAGGUCGAGGAUAAAGGUUCCGGCCGGUUUGACCUCGACGUCCAGUUCGUAACAGAAGAGGACUCCCCGGGGGUGCUUACCAUAGGCACGGAGAGUCCAUGGGGCGUCGAGGGCGCUGACGAAGCCAGUGGAUCCUCGCAGGAGGCGCCGUAUGGCACCUGGAAGUCACCUAUCAGCGGCACCGUUGCCGUGGCACCGCGAAAUGUGGUGGUGGAGCCGCCCCAAGUUGAUCCUGUGACAGGGUUCGUGUUCUGGUGUUCACAGCUGGACAGUGACGGCCACAGGAUAGCAGUCUUUCACUUCGACCCAGCCACACGGGAGACCGUCCAGUGGACAGCCGGGCCCUACGACGUUCGAACGAGGGUCAACGAACAGGGGGGCGGCUCGUUCACCAUCUACAACAACACCCUCUACUUUUCGAACGGGCCCGACGGCGCCAUCUAUCGGCAAAGGGGCCCAACCGGUGCUCCGGUCCGCCUGACGACCCAAGCCUCCCCUGGCAGGAGCUACGCUGAUGGGGUGUUCUCCCCUCAGUGGAACGUGCUAUUCUACGUGGUGGAGGAUGUGGAGCCAGUGAGUGGAGAGGUGGAGUACCGGAUAGUGACAGUGGAUGGUGAGACAGGGGAAGAGGCAGUGGUUGUCUCUCAUGCUAAUUUCUUCGCCUCUCCCAGGGUCUCCGAGGAUGGCCAGUUUCUGGUUUGGUUACAGUGGAACCACCCCAGGAUGCCGUGGGAUGAGACGAAGAUGUUCGUGGGGGAAAUCAAGAACAAACGCGGCAAAGUUGCCAUAACCAAGUUCUUUCAACACGGCAGCAUGAUGAUGCCCUCGUUCGACCCCAACAACGAGCUCUACUACGUGCAUGACACAACAGGCUGGUGGAACCUGUACCGGGUCACCAGACGAGGCUUUGAGAUCAACGUGACGCCUGAAUCACAGGAGGUUGGCUGGCCCAUGUGGAAGUUGGGACGGAAGGCGUAUGAUGUUAACCCAAGUCUUGGCGCCAGUGAAGCUGUUGUCAUCUGUGGCCACGACCUGACGGUGGUGGACCUGAGGAGAGGGACUCGAAGUGUACUGAAGACCGGGUAUACCAGCUACACCCUGGGUGUGGUCUACUCCAGGGACGGUAGCAAGGUGUACGUGGUGGCGGGUGAUGGAGUUCGCUAUCCCGCCCUGGUGGAGGUGGAUAUCAGGUCAGGUGAAGCCCGCCCGGUGACAGGUGGAUCAGACGUCAAGGUCCUUCAGGCUUCAGGUGGAUCAGAGGUCACGAUGGUUGAGGCUCCAGGUGGAUCACAGGUUCAGGUGGAUGGUGGAUACCUCAGCACCGCCAGGCCCAUCCAGUUCCCAACCAGCCAAGGUGACUUCGCCUAUGGCUAUCUCUACAUGCCCAAGAAUAAGGACUACCACGCCCCCGUCGGUAGCAAGCCGCCCUUGCUGGUGAAGGUCCACGAAGGCCCAACCGGCGCGGCCUCCACCGCCCUCAGCCUGGAGUACCAGUAUUUCACCUCUAGGGGCUACGCCCUCCUCGACGUUGACUACCGCGGCAGCACCGGUUAUGGCAAGCUCUACAGGAACAAACUCAAUGAGUUGUGGGGCGUCUACGACGUGGACGACGUACUGGCCGGGGCUCGACACCUGGUGGAGGAGGGCCUCGUCGAUCCGGAUAGAUUGUGUAUCGACGGGGCGUCGACAGCAGCAUAUACCACACUAUCGGCCCUCACCAUCACCGACUCCCUCUUCAAGGCUGGAGCGAGUUACUACGGGGUGUGGGACCCGGAGAUGAUGGCCAAGGAUACAAGGAAGGUGAUGAGGAACUACAUGGAGGCUCUGAUUGGUAACCUAGACAAACACAAGGACCGAUAUGUGACCAGAUCGCCCAUCAGGAACUACGAGAGGCUCCAUGUUCCCACCAUCUUCUUCCAUGGGGAGGAUGAUCAGGUAGUCCCCGCAAGUCAGGCCAGAGGCAUGUACGAGUUAUUGAAGAACAAAGGUCUUCCAACAGACCUUCUUCUCUUCCAAGGCGAAGGUCACGGCUUCACGAAGACUGAGACGAAAAUUAAGACUUUGGAGGCUGAAUUCUGCUUCUUCGCCCAAGUCUUCAAUCUCACGUCCUUAGACGUUCCUUGUCGUCAGGAUAGACAACAUGGACACCACAGGAACCACACCAUCAACAUGGGGGACAAUCUGCAAUAGAAAUAGAUUCCUAUCUAUUUGUGACUAGAGUGACAUAUAUAGCAUUAUAUUGCCUUUAAUUACACUACUCUGCAAUGUUUUGCAUCAUAAAGUAGGUUCUUGCAUGGCACUUCCCCUUAAUUACCUGUUUUCCCUACAUAUUACCAUUUAAUUACCUAUUUCCAUUUAAUUACCUAUU